AUGAAUCUAACGGCACCAGGAAGACCCUCGACCUCGAGGGAAAUGAGCAAGGUGGACGAGAGGCGACCAGGAGUGAGGAAAGCCGAAAACAGAUCCAAUCGUCCCUUUGGUCUACCGCAGUCGAAGAAGCGAAAAAUCGAAAACCCCAGCAUGGCCAUGAUGGCGAAGACGUUCGCCAAGACCCUAGAACCGAUCGACGAGAAGCGCCGCAAGAAAUCCGACGAACCCAAGUCCCUAAUACUGCCCCAGAAAAAGAGAGUCCUACCCCCUUCCAACGUAGACAGUCCGGCAAAAAAGAGCCCGAAGCUGUCCACGAGCGACGAGGGUGCCGCCGAAGAGACCCUUAUUCGCGAAACAGAGGCGGCGCUGAAGAACCUUUCAGGCAGUUGGCCUGGUCCUAGAGGGGGUUAUGGUAGCCAUCAAGAGGAGAGCCCAACGUUCGAGAAUUUGUUCGACGAGAAGAAGGCUACCGUGAAGAUGUCACCUUCUUCGGCUUCCAACAGCAGCAGCGAUAAUACUUGCUCGUUGAAAGACGUCAUAACGUUGAGGGAACAACACGAGCACGAAGAGGGUUCGGAAGACAAAGCAACUGGAUUGAAAAGUAAAAUAAAAGUCGUGGAAUGCAAGCAAAGAGUAGUUAAAAAGGGAGAAAUGAUGCAGUACCAGUCGCCUGACUUCAAUGAGUUAGUGGACGACUCUUCUAAUGAGUUAGAAAUCGAUAUGUCAGAAGCAGCUUCGGAAAAGAACGAGUCCAACGACAAACUCGACGAUGAAAAGAAAAAAGAUGAAGGAAAACUAGGCCCUUUCCCUGCCGAGGCCACCUUCGUGGGGUAUCCCUCCAUAGCUGAUCCAUCAGCAGCUGCGGAAGACAAGUCCAAAAUCAUUGUUCCUCUGAAACCCACUGAAAGCCAAGUCGAGUCCCAGGUCAAAUCUCCCGAAGCAGCCAAUAAGCAGUACACCAUCCUUCAACCGGCUAAUAUCACAUCCAGGGCUGCCAGUACUUUGCAGGAAGUGGCGCGGGAAGGUGUGCAGUGUGUUCCUGCUGUGAGUAGUACCCCUGUCAGUGAAACGACUACGAAGAUGGUACCUCCACUGGUCGCCGCUGGUUCCUUGUCUCCAAAUAGCAUCGGAAGAGAGGGAAGCAAAUGUCCUACCCCAGGGUGCACAGGACAGGGUCAUGUCACAGGGUUGUACUCCCACCACAGAAGUCUUUCGGGAUGUCCAAGAAAAGGCGAAGUAACGCCAGAAAUCCUGGCCAUGCAUGAGACCAUCCUGAAGUGCCCGACACCUGGAUGUAACGGCAGAGGGCACGUCAGUUCCAACCGAAAUUCGCACAGGAGUCUGUCAGGAUGUCCCAUUGCUGCUGCAAAUAAACAAGCAGCGAGAGAACAAAAAUACCAUUCUAGCUUACAGCAAAAAAUUAAGUCACCUCAUACUGCUACAUUUGGCGGUAAGAACCCGAUAGGCAAAAGAACCCCCACAUCGGAAGACGUCAAACCCAAUUAUCUAGUAGGCUAUGGAAAUACUCCAGUGAGUAACGCCGAAGAGAAAACCUCGUAUGACCAAUAUUACAAUUCCAAAACGAAUCCGAUCAAACCGGAUGCCAUGAAAAUCCCCAAAACGGAAAUAACAACCACGAACUGCUGUAGCGUAAGCGAACAGGGCGAACUCUUGGUACCUAAAACGGAGAUCACAAGUUCUUGCAGAUCGCCACCUUCUGGGAUGAGAUCUGCUUACGAACCAUACCUCAACCAAGACUCCAACUCUUCUUCUAUGUCCAGUAUGGACACCAUUAACUCAAGAGGACCACACCAGAUGCACCACAUGGGCCCCCAUCACAAUCCACAACAACCAGGGUAUAACAUAGACCACCAGUUACCUCAUCGAUCACCUUACCACCAGUCUCCAAUGUCAGAAGAGAUGUACCACCGCGAAAGGUCGUACACGGACAUGAACGAUUCCAUGGGAGGCGGCAUCGCUAGGCCAGUAGUGACCUACUCUAAUGAAAUAGUGAACCGAUCGUACGAUUCGUCUCUGAUAAAUUCGUCCAGUCACAGACCGUACGACCCUGGUACCAACAGCUUCGAGAGGUACGAUUCCAAUCAAUGCGUGUCGAUCCAACAACCUCUAGGGCCACCCAGGGUACCUCCACAGGGUAUGUACGGAUAUAUCGAGGAACACCAGGAGCAGAGGUACCAGCAGGAGGUCGCGGCCGCUCAGCAUCAGAUAGCAGUAGCGAACACUCAAAGUCUGAUGAAAACUGAGGAACAGGAGCCUAGUGGGCCGCUUUAUCCCAGGCCGAUGUAUCAGUACGACGGCAGCGGCGGACCCCUUCCUGUGGGGUUUUCAGCAAUUAACUUAUCAGUGAAAUGUGUGACAACAGCCCAGGCUCAAAUGAAAGGGCCCCACACCUCUCCUGGGGGCAGUGUUAUCGAUCUCUCGACGUCCAGCGUCACCACCACUAGUCCGCAGGUGGCCUACAGCUCGCCGCACUAUGGGGGCCAGCGGGUCGGCGGCAGUCCACAGGCCGCCCCCAGCCCGCACCUCUCCGCCAGCCCCCAGGUGCCCAGCCCCCAGGGCCAGACGCUGGACCUCAGCGUUAGCCGGCUCUCCCACAGCAGCGAUCCGAACCCACAAUACCAAAACGGCCACGGUGAAGCUGUACCGGUACCGCCCCCCCACGGCCCGCGGGACGAGCAAACGGAACCUGUCGAUUUCUCAACCGCAAAUGAACCCGUUAAUUUCAGUGGCGUCCGACCGGUGGCGACCUUCGCAGGAGGGCCCGUGCUGGCGCCAGGCUCCGGAUACAGCAGGGAGUCCACCCCUGACUCCGGUGGCAGCCACUACAUGGACGCCUACAGGGACCCGGCAGGCUACGGUCCCAUGAGCCCUCACCCAGGCUACGGCAUGACGACGGUAGCCAGCGACUACACUUCCAACCCCUACACGCCGUACCCCACCAGCGGAUAUUCCUGCACCGGCGGAUAUCCUGGAGCCGUCACCACGGGUUAUCCCGCACCACCCGGUGGAUACUCUCCAGGCGCCUGCUACUCCAUGCCCCCACCACAGCACUCUUUGACGCAGCACGACAAGUCGCCAAAUAAAGACAGUAGUUUGUCUGGAUGCCCAAGAGCGGACAGGUCCCAGAUCCAGGCGCACUCCCAGGAACUGAAGUGUCCCACACCGGGAUGCGACGGUUCCGGGCACGUCACUGGAAAUUACUCGUCGCACCGGAGCCUGUCCGGGUGUCCCAGAGCCAAUAAGCCGAAGAGUAAACCCAGGGAUGGCCAGGAUUCCGAACCGCUGAGAUGCCCCAUACCGGGUUGUGACGGAUCUGGACACGCGACUGGAAAGUUUCUGUCGCAUAGAAGUGCUUCUGGAUGUCCGAUCGCGAAUAGGAACAAGAUGAGGGUUCUGGAGAGCGGGGGUUCAGUGGAGCAGCACAAAGCGGCAGUAGCAGCGGCGACAGCGAUGAAAUUCGAGGGGGUGAACUGUCCCACACCAGGGUGCGACGGCACGGGACACAUAAACGGAUCCUUUCUGACUCACCGCUCCCUCAGCGGGUGCCCCGUAGCCGGCCAAACGGUCAAGAAGUCGAAAUAUCCCGAGGACAUGCCUUUCUACGCCAAGGGAUACACAGGUAUCGAACCAAACCCUAAUGGUGGCGAGGAUCUGAUGACCUUGGAAGCGGAAAUUUCCGAGCUCCAAAGGGAGAACGCCAGGGUUGAGUCGCAAAUGAUAAAACUCAAGUCAGAUAUCAGUGCGAUGGAGAACCACUUAGGCCACGGUGAAAAGGAAACCCAGGCCCUGACUCAGCGCACCAACAACCUCAACGAGUACUACGAAAGUUUGCGGAACAACGUCAUCACCCUCCUGGAGCACGUGAGGCUGCCCGGGGGCGCUACCGCCCCCGAAAAAAUCGGCCAGGAGAACUUCGAUUCCUACCUGAGCAAGCUGCAAACUUUGUGCACUCCCGAAGGGUAUUGUAGUGAUGAGAACAGACCAUUGUACGAAACUGUCAAGUGCGCCCUGCAAGACUUUACGGUUCUGCCGACACCUAUUUAA